AUGCCAAACUUGGUAGUGCACGAUGCUGCACUCGCGGCGAAGCGGGAGGCGCUCGCCGCCGCGCAGUCGGCGGCGAUGGUGCGGCCGGCUGGCGGUUACGGCGCGACGGCGCUCUCCAAGCCGGACCCGAAUGCUCCAGCCCAGCGCGCCGAGCGAGUCCGCCGCCUUCAGUUCAUGGUGCGCGAGCGCGAGGAGGAGCGGCGGCGGCAGCGGGGAGAGAAGGUGAAGCCGUUCUCUCGAAAGAAGAAUUACUACGACCGGCUCGGCCUCCCGCGCGACUGCUCGGCGGCAGAGGUGCGGCGCGCAUUCCGGCGCCUCUCGCUGCUUUUCCACCCGGACAAGCAGCUCGGAAAGAGCGACGAGGAGGUGGCGGCGGCGUCGGUCCUCUUCCGUGAGCUGUGCGAGGCGCACGAGUGCUUGGCGGACGAGCCGACGCGGCGCGAGUACGACCAGAUGCUCGCCGCCAAGGCGUGUCACGUCCUCCUCGGCCUCGCGGAGCUGCACCGCGGCACCGAGGCGACAGUCCGCCACGUGCGGAGAGACGCGGCGCGCAGGAGCGUCGAGCUGGCCUUGCUGCUGCAGCUGCCCGCAGGCACUCCCUCCGGGGCAGAGCUCGUGUUUGAACGGCUCGGCGACGCAGGCGGCGGCGGCGAGGCAGGGGCGGGAGAUGUCGUCUGCGUCGUCCGCGAGGCGGAGGACGCGCUCUUCAGCCGCCAAGGCGACCUCUCCCAGCUCUCGACCGCCCGCCUGCCGACGCGAGCGGUGGGCGGCGAGCCUUGCGACGGGGUCGCGACGGCGCGGCUGCGGCGCGAGGUCGGGGAGGCGGAGGAGGAGGCCGUCGCUGCGACCUCAUCCUGA